GUCGACCACUACCGGCCGAAGUUGAAAUAGAAGAGAGGAGGCGUGAUAUGUAAGCCGGAGGGCAUCAGGAGGACCAGACAAAAAGUGAAUUAACACACUACUCUACUACUACUACUACUAGUGGGAGUGGUAAAUUUUAGUAUACUACUAAUAAUCAUCCAUCCCUCCAUCCCUCUCACAAUUGAUAGUAGAAUUUGAUGCUGAAGCAGGAAUAAUACCAGUCAGUGAUUGACGGUGCUGGUGCAAUAUUAGUGCUGCGAAAAUUCGCUUUCUUCCUGCGAAUUAAUUCCUACUUAGCAGCAGUGUAAUUUAAAAGAAAUUUAAAAUAACAAAAAAACAGAAAAAAGGAUGCCGGAGGAGAACAAGGAGAUUGCGAUUGACUACGUGAUGGAGAAGGCAUCGGGGCCUCACUUCUCAGGGCUGCGCCUGGACGGACUCCUCUCACCAUCUUCUUCUCCUCGCGCUCCCACUCUCUCUCCUUCUUCCUCCUUUACCCUUCCUGCCGACCCCACCAAACAGCCCUUCGUCAUUGGGGUUUCUGGAGGUACUGCUUCGGGUAAGACAACGGUGUGUGACAUGAUCAUCCAACAACUUCACGAUCAUCGCGUUGUCCUAGUCAAUCAGGAUUCUUUUUACCGAGGCUUGACACCAGAAGAAUUAAAACGUGUCCAUGAGUAUAAUUUUGAUCAUCCAGAUGCUUUUGACACAGAGCAGCUGCUCGAGUGCAUUGAAAAACUCAAAUCUGGGCAAUCUGUCCAAGUUCCCAUAUAUGAUUUUAAAACCCACCAGAGAUGUUCAGACAGCUUCCGGCAGGUAAAUGCAUCUGAUGUAAUCAUCCUGGAGGGAAUUCUUGUCUUUCAUGACCAACGUGUCCGCAAUUUGAUGAACAUGAAGAUUUUUGUUGACACAGAUGCUGAUGUGAGGCUUGCUCGUAGGAUAAGGCGUGACACAGUUGUGAGGGGUAGGGACAUAAACUCAGUCCUUGAACAGUAUGCCAAGUUUGUGAAGCCUGCUUUUGAUGAUUUUGUUUUGCCAUCUAAGAAGUAUGCUGAUGUUAUCAUACCUCGGGGAGGUGAAAAUGAUGUUGCAGUUGAUUUGAUUGUCCAACAUAUACGAACAAAGCUUGGCCAGCAUGACCUUUGCAAAAUCUACCCUAACGUGUAUGUUAUUCAGUCAACAUUCCAGAUUAGAGGAAUGCACACACUGAUUCGUGAUCGAGAUAUAUCCAAGCAUGACUUUGUUUUUUAUUCAGAUCGGCUUAUUCGACUGGUUGUUGAGCAUGGUCUCGGCCAUUUACCAUUCACCGAGAAGCAGGUAGUCACGCCAACAGGCUCGGUAUAUACUGGUGUUGACUUUUGCAAGAAACUGUGUGGAGUUUCAAUUGUUCGAAGUGGUGAAAGUAUGGAGAAUGCAUUGCGUGCCUGUUGCAAAGGAAUUAAAAUCGGGAAGAUCCUGAUCCAUCGUGAUGGUGACAACGGGAAGCAGCUUAUUUAUGAGAAACUCCCAAAAGAUAUUUCUGAACGUCAUGUUCUGCUCCUGGACCCAGUUCUUGCUACAGGUAACUCUGCUAAUCAGGCAAUCGACCUCCUCAUACAAAAAGGAGUUCCUGAAUCUCACAUUAUUUUCCUAAACCUCAUUUCUGCGCCAGAGGGAAUACAUUGUGUUAGUAAACGUUUCCCAUCCCUGAAGAUUGUCACAUCAGAGAUUGAUGUGGCACUUAAUGAAGAAUUUCGUGUCAUACCUGGUAUGGGAGAGUUUGGCGAUCGGUACUUUGGAACAGAUGACUGAUGAUUAAAUUUAAUAGUGCAAGUAUUAUUGUAAGCUUUUGCUAGGCAUACCUGCUUCUCAACUAGAAAUGAGUGUCCCUUUGGGCUACUUGUUAUGUAUUUUUUGAAAUCAAAUGCGUUUACUUGAAUGUUGUGGAGAAAUUCUUCAGGUGAAGCUUAGAUUGUGAUUAGUAUCCGUAUGGCAAGAAACCACCUUUACAUCUAAACUAGAAAUGCCAAAUGUCAAACGUGCGUCCAUUGAACUGUAAAAUUUCUUUCGAUUUUCGGUCCA